AGCGCCCUCUUGCGAUUACGCAAUACAUAAUUGUUGAGCAUUUUUCCCACAGUUUCACCAUGGAGGAAUAAGAAACUUAAAACUAUGCAACUUGUGACGUUUCUUGAAGUUUCUUUUAAAAUUCAUAGGUUGCUCAAACAUGCUGAUGCGCCCAAUCUUGCAUUCUCUGGUUCGCCACAGUGGGUACGUUGUACCCGUCUCACUGGUUACCUUGGCAACAGUAGGCUCCUCUGGCGUGUGGCUGAACCAGAACAGUAGGAACCUCCAGUCAAGCUGGUCGUCCUUCGCUCCAGUCAGAUUCGGAAGAGCCUUCUUUAGUGCAGCUUCAGUGGCAUUGGAUUACAAAUUCACCUUAUUUGGUGUGGACCCAGGAUCUGAGAGAUACAACAAACUUAAAUCAAAAGUACAUCUAAGAUCAGCUCAAAGACUUUAUCGUCUCUGCUGCAAGAACGGUGGUGUCUUCAUCAAAGCAGGACAGCAUGUGGGAGCACUGGACUAUCUCCUCCCUAAGGAGUAUGUGGAGACAAUGAAGGUGCUUCACAAUGAUGCCCCAUGCAGCGAGCUUGAAGACAUCAAAAAAGUCAUAGAAGAAGACCUCAAAUGCAAGGUAGAUGACGUGUUCCUGGACUUCUCUGAUAAGCCAAUAGGCACUGCCUCCCUGGCCCAGGUGCACCGUGCUAAACUCCAGGAUGGGAGGUCAGUAGCGGUCAAAGUUCAACAUCCAUAUGUCAAGGCUUACUCAGACGUCGACAUGAAAACCAUUGAUUUUCUCCUGCAUGCCGCAGCCCGUCUCUUCCCGGAGUUUGAGUUGCUGUGGCUGAGUGAAGAGAUGCAGGAGAAACUUCCCAUUGAGCUGGACUUCUUGCAGGAAGGACGGAAUGCUGAGAAAGCUGCUCGGCUGCUGGGACACUUCAAAUUCCUCAAAGUUCCCAAAGUCUAUUGGGAUCUGUCCACGACCAGAGUGCUUACAAUGGAAUACUGUCAAGGAGGACGUGUGGACGACGCUAAAUAUAUGAAACAACAUGACAUCGACGUUAAUAAGGUGACGCAAACUCUAGGCAAGAUGUACAGUGAGAUGAUCUUUGUUCAUGGCUUUGUGCACUGUGAUCCCCAUCCAGGCAACGUGCUGGUUAGAAAGACUUCCAACAGUCAUCCUGAAAUUGUCCUGCUGGAUCAUGGGCUUUACCAGACGUUAACAGAUGAGUUUCGGAUGAAUUAUGCCAAUUUCUGGCAGUCCAUUAUAGCAGCAGACAUUGAGGGAAUCAAGACAUACAGUGAAGCAUUAGGGGCCGGGGACAUGUACGCCUUGUUUGCUUGCAUGUUGACGGCCAGGAGUUGGGAUUCUGUCGCCACAGGAAUCGACAGAGUCGCUCCGUCUAGUGAAGAGGAUGAAGAAAUCCAGAAGAAUGUAGCCAUGUACAUCCCUCAGAUCUCCAGCAUCUUGAACAGCAUCCCACGACAGAUGCUACUCCUCCUCAAGACGAAUGAUCUGCUCCGUGGCAUCGAGUUCUCUCUCAAGAUUCGCAAGAGUGCCAGCUCCUUCAUCAACAUGUCUCGCUGCUGUGUGCGUGCCUUGGCUGAGCAUGACCGCAGACUGUGCAACGGUUGGGUGUGUCGCACACAGGUCAUGCUGCGCCAGCAAGCCAGACUUCUGGCUAUCAGCGUCUAUGAGAUGUACCUGUGGCUGAUAACGACGACUCCCUACACCUGGCUGGCAAGAACAUUUAUGUCAAGAAUCAGUUUACUGUCGCUAUGAUGGGUGUGGAUCGUUUGAUUGACCUACCCUUUCAAUAUCAAGAAACUAUGCUUGUACUUCUGUGCAAUUUGAUGCUAUGUUUUGUAGCAAGUCAUGAUCACAAGGUUGGUGUCAUUUCCAUCUCAUGGAUUUCUCCAUUGGUCAGUGGAUUUUAGUCUUUCUUCCAGACACAGCUCCAUACUUUCUUCAUUCAUAUACAUCUGACAGACCAGUCUUUUAACUCACCUAUACAGAUCAAGAUAGAAGCAGUAAGAAAAGUCAAACUAUUUAAUAUUUAUUGUUUUAUUGACUUGUUUACUUUUUUUACGUGGAUAUAGCAGCCAGUUGAUCCAUACAAAGUUGAUGUCUUCAAGUCACUACCUCUGUGAGCAUGCACAAAAUAUGAUUAGACAAGUGGUAUCAAUUUUUGUUAUUAUGUUGGAGAUCACCAUUAAUUCAGUGUUAACUAAUAACCGCACAAUUAUGGUUAACUUUUAGCCAAUCCGAAUAGAUGAUACGUGUGCUGUUUGUAAACAUGGAAUUAGUUGGGUUUAAACUUAUUGGAAAUGCUGCCAAUUUUUUUAAUACAUGUAUGCAGUUUUGAUUAAGCAUUUUAAAGGUACAUAUACAUGAAGCAUUAACUUAUACAUAGUUUCUGUCUGUUAAUGUGAACAAAGAUUUAAGCUGAUUUUAAAGAGUUGGAAAGUUAAAAAGGCUGAGAAAUAUUUAGAAAUUAAUAUUUAUAAAUGAUUGUGUGUAGUGAACUAUGCAGGACAGUUGAGGCAAUUGAGUAAUCAAAUUUAAGUGAAUCUACUUCUAGUACGUACCAAAAGUAUAUUUCAACAGGUAUUAAAUUUUGCAGUAAGCAAAGGUAUUUAUCAAUUUUGGUUUUAAAAAUAAAGUCACACAGCAAAUUU